ACAAGUUGUCAACGAGUCAAGAUGAAAUUAUUGUGGUACGCUAUGUGCAGUCUGUUCAUAACGCAAACUAAAGUCAAAGGAUGUAUCUAUGAUGGCUUUAAAGUCUAUGAAUUAACUUCCAAGAUUCAUUCUUCAGCCUUAGAUUUGUAUAGAAUGGUGAAGAAUGAAUCCCAAUAUGUGUUGUUGUCUGGCAGAGGAACUAUUGUGAUGGUUCAUCCAGAGGCUCAAGCUGAAUUUUUGUAUUUGCUGGAGAAUAAUCAAUGGGAACAUAGAGUUCUCAAUCAGGAUGUGGGCUUGGAUUUAAGUAAUGCCUUUGAAACGAAUCGCAAUCUUAGCAAUCUAUAUCCUUAUAAAGGACAUGCUGGCACUGAUAGAUAUUACACUUUUGAUGAGAUCAAUCGGUAUAUCGAGGAUCUGGCUCAGCAGUAUCCAAGUCGGGUCUUUGUUAAGACUGUAGGAAAGAGUUACGAGGGUCGCACGAUGAAGACAAUAAGGAUUACCAAUGGAGAUGGACGUGCCAAUAAAAAUGUUAUCCUUAUAGAUGGAGGCAUACAUGCUCGUGAGUGGAUUGCUCAUGCCGCUGUACUUUAUGCCAUUGGUGAACUGUCGAAUAACUAUCAGAAACAUGCUCAAUUGCUGCAGGAUUAUGAUUGGGUCAUUCUGCCUGUGGUUAAUCCCGAUGGCUAUGAGUUCACUCAGUUAUCAGCGGACAACAGAUUUUGGCGCAAGACUCGUCAGCCGAUUAACGAGAGUUGUAUUGGCACCGAUGGCAAUCGGAAUUUUGAUUUUCAUUGGAAUGAAACUGGCGCUUACUGGGAUCCUUGUAGUACCAUAUAUCCCGGACCGAAAGCAUUCUCUGAGCCAGAAACAAUUGUGAUGCGUGACUUGAUUCAGAGUCUAGCGGGUCGCGGCAAAAUGUAUCUGACAUUGCAUUCCUAUGGCCAAUAUAUACUUUAUCCAUAUGGCUACACAAAUGCUUUGCCUGUGACUUGGCGAGAUCUUGAGGAAGUUGCUCGCGCUGGUGCUAAUGCUAUAAUGGAGGCAACUGGCACGCGUUAUAAAGUUGGCUGCUCCGGAAGUUCGAUUUAUCCCAUAGCUGGAGCUAGUGAUGAUUAUGCUUUCAAUGCUGGAUUUCCUAUAUCAUUCACCAUGGAGCUACCACCAGGUGGUGCUAACAAAUUUGAUCCACCUGCUUCGGAUAUUGAUAGAUUAGUUAAGGAGGCUUGGGUGGGCAUCGAGGCAAUGGCUCGCAAGGUCAUACAAAAAUAUCCAUUAAAAGAGAGUACUGUAUUAUAACUUAUAUUCGUUUUAAAUAUUAACAUACUAUAUUUAUUUUGUAGUAAAUGAAAUAAUUAAAAAUAAUUAAAAGUCGUA